CUUCACAUCCCGGAGAUCGCAAGGUCUGUGUUUCAUUCACAACAAGGUUUUCCCAUUCUCUGCUUAACUCUAAUGCCAUUUGUGUGACAUGGAACCAAAUGAAGACCUAAAUCCUGACACGGAUGACCUUCCACUACGGGCUAAUACUAACCAUAUACUUGUAAGACAUUAUGUGCUGGACCUGAGUGUUCAUUUUGAAAGGAAGGUCAUCAGUGGUAGUAUUGUUCUGUUUCUGGAGCCUUGCAGUGGGAGUAAAACUAAUGCUAAGGGUGGCAUUGGACCUGCAAUUGGUAAUGAAGCUAAAGAUGCUGAAAUGAGUCAGGAGUCAGCGUAUGGAUUUCAUGAUGUGGAUAUAAUAGAGGAUGGAACAAAAGGACCCAAGAACACUCUGACAAGCACGGAGAAGAUGAUUGGUGUUGGAGAAAGAGAUGAAUUUCAGACCCUCUUGGGGGAUGGGUCAAAGACUGCAGCUGAAACAAAAAGUCUUCAUUCCUCACAUUUGUGGCAAACCACUAGUGACUGUGAAUUCACCUUUGUGUUGGACUGCUGUGACCUAGAUGUGUCAAAGAUCGAGGAGGUGGAUGUCACCUCUGUCUCAGCCAUGUCUAGUCUCCCAUCAGGGCACACAUCAGAGAGGUUAGGGUUCAGUUCAGUGAACCCACAAGCAGCCUUUAUUGAGAAACUCAUAUCCUUGCCUUCUAGCCAAUGGAGGCAAAAGAACCAGCUCUUUUUGCUGUGUAGCCAUGCCCCUAGUACUAAGGAUGGCAGCUCUCUGCAUUUUCAUAGAGACAGAUGGAGUCUGCAGAUAAGGAAGACGGGGGUCACGUCUCCUCAGGAGUUCCCUCGCACUGUUCGGAUCUGCUAUGAAACAAGGCCAACAGGUGGCUCUGUGAGGUGGAUCAAUGACCAGGAUGGCAGGGUGUGUGUUUACACUGCUGGGUCGCCCAUCAACAACCGAGCCCUCUUCCCCUGCCAGGAGCCGCCUGUUGCCAUGUCAACAUGGCAGGCAUCAGUACGGGCCCCCAGUGAGUGUUUGGCUUUGAUGAGUGGAGAGGAGCAAGCUGUACCCACUGAGGAUGGAGACACACGUUUUUCAGUGUGGAAUUACUUUGUCACAAUGCCCAUGCCUGCUUCCACCUUCACCUUGGCAGUGGGCCACUGGUGCCAAGUCACAGCAGAAAUUCCCUCAGCAUUGGAACCAGGGGUGAAGGACAGGACAUAUUGUGGCAUGACUGCCAAACCUGGGUCUGGGGAGCAGACUGAGGCUGAGCUUGUGUCUGAAACUGGAGGCUUAUCCAGCAAAGUAAUAAAGGGCUCUCCACUCCAGACUGGCAGUGGAGACCAGACCACCUGCUCAGAUUCUACAUUGGUUUACGCUUCCCUUGAGGAUGAGGAGUUUUCUGAAACUGAUUAUUCAGGCAUGGUUGAUGACAGCAGAGUCUCUUGUUCCCAUGGUGACUACCCUUGCCGAUUUACUGAGCAGUCGUCUAGGUCCCAGCGGGUGAUUCCAUACCGUGUGUUUGGCCCCAUUGGCUUGCUGCAACAGGCCCAGAUGAGAGUCUUCAAGCUGUUGCCACGAUGUUUGGCUGCAGCCCAUGCCGUUCUUGGGGUCCACCCCUUUUCCCGCCUUGAUGUUCUCAUUGUUCCUGCAGGGUUCUCCAGUUUGGGCAUGGCCAGCCCCCACAUAAUCUUCCUGUCCCAGAGUGUGUUGUAUGCUGAUGGUCCUGGUUCUGGAGAGAAUGGCCUUUCUCUGUGUGGGUCCAGGAUUUGCCAUGAAAUUGCCCACUCCUGGUUUGGCCUGGUUAUAGGAGCCAGAGACUGGACUGAAGAAUGGAUCAGCGAGGGCUUUGCCACAUACCUAGAGGACAUCAUCUGGGCACAAGCACAACAACUCUCUGUACAAGAGACCACAGAACAGUCUGAGCUGAAGGCACUGCUGAGGUGGAGACGGCUGUCUGAUGAGUUGCAGAACUCGGAGGAGGAACUUCAGAUCCUCAGACCCAACAUGGACAACACCGGUCAGGUUAGCGAGUCUGGCUCCUCUACAGUUAAACAUGCGCUCAACCCUGACAAAACCUUUAUGCAAGUGCACUAUCUCAAAGGCUACUUCCUCCUCAGGUUUUUGGCCAGUCAAGUGGGUGAGCAGCAAUUCAUCAGCUUCUUCAGGCUGUUUGUGAACAAAUACCACGGGCAACUCAUUUUGUCUCAGGAUUUCUUGGUAAUGCUGCUGAUCACUUUUCCGCACAUGGCGAGAGAAGGCCUCACCCUCAGUGCUAUUUAUGCUGACUGGCUUGAUCGACCGGGCAUUCCAGAGUGGCUGUAUGAAAGGAGCGCCGUGUGGUCACAGUCGAGGCUGGUGGAAGAAGUCAAAGCUGAGGUUGUAAAAUGGAUUCUCUUCAGUCAGAGUCAUCAGGGGAAGGGCAGAAAGCGAAGGAGAACAGAGCCCAAGGUGAACUACAAAGAGUUGACGUCGGAGCAGCUGGUGAUGCUCUUGGAGCUUCUGUUGGAGGAGUCGAAGCUAAGCACGGCGACAAUGCCAGCUCUGAAGAAGACCUACAACCUACAGAGUCAAGACGCUGAGGUGAGACAUCGCUGGUGUGAACUUGUGGUCAAACAUGGGUAUGGUCAGGCUUAUGGGGACGUGGAACACUUCCUGGUUCAUGACCAAGCCAUGGGUGUGUAUCUGUACGGUGAGCUGAUGGUUCACGAGGAUCCCGGGCAGCAGGCUCUGGCUCGUCGCUGCCUCUCGUUGGUCCAGGAGGAAAUGGACCAAUCGGCACGCCGGGUUGUGACGGAGAUGAUCCUGUAACAAUCGAGGUGACGUUGCUGACUGGAGACGGUUGGGGACAAGAGGCAAAUGGACACAUAGGUCCAGGCGGGAUGAAGAAUCACUGAACAGCACAAGGCAGCCGUGCUCGUUCUCUAAAGCCAAGGCCAACUGGCGAGGUUUAAAAGAGCAGCAGUUGUGUUCAUUCAAGUCUAACUAAAUGAUGUAAACCACCAGCGAUACAAGCUGUGUAGUAAGAUACAGUCUGGUGCCUUCUUUAUAGCUGAAAAAAAUGACACUGUGUGUGUGAGAGAGAGGGAGAGUGUUUAGUCUGAAUCCAUGAGCCGGUUCUUUAGAGUACGAGUGAGUGAAAAUCCUUCCAGGUGAAUGAUGUUUUUAUAGAUAACAAAUGACUUCAUGUCAUUCUGGCCAGGAACGACACUGGAAAAUAUAUACAAUGGACAAUGCUCAGGGCAUUUUUAUAUAUAUUCAUGUUACUGAUGGUUUUAUAACUGUGCUGUGUUCACAUGUGUUCCAUGUUAAAAUAAAAUGGUUUCCAUAAA